UCUUCAACACAACUCUGGAUUUCUGCUGAAUCUUCAUCAGGAACAUUUAAACAGAAGCAGAAUUUUCUCCUGAGCUUCUCCUGGACUUUAGUAUGGGAUGGACGCUUUAAAAAGACAAACAGAUGAUUUAGGACGGAAUUCUGGAGAAAGAGUUUUAACUGAAACAACAGUUACAACAUCCAGACUCACAUCAUUACCACCAAAGGGUUUCAGUGGAUCGAGCAGUAAAAGCAUGAGCAGCAGCUCUUGGGGAACCGGAGGCUUCGAGAAGAAUAUUGUAAAUCCAAACAGCGGAACCUCCUACCUCACAUCCUCUACAGUGGGUGUUACUGCCGUGGGCUCGGGGUUCGAUUCGGCUCUGUUCCUGGGAGAUGAAUCCACCGUGAGCAGUAGGAGCCGAGGGAGGCGUGGCAGCAGUGGCGGUUACGACAACGUGACUGCAAAAGACUCGGGUUCGAAGAGCAGAUCCAGUUCAGGGGGGGCGAGAAAGACUCAAGGGUUUUCCUCCUCUAUUGGUCAGUCACCUAUGUUUGAGAGGAAGACGAUUGUUACGUCUCACACUGGAGGUUAUGAUGGAAGUUCGAGUGGCAACUCAUCACCGGAGAUCACGAGGAAAGAUUACGGUUCAUCAAGAGGCAGAUCUCACACCCGAGAGAGUGAAAUACGAGCCCGAUUACAGAGUGCGUCUCCUUCAACCAGAUGGACGGAGCUCGAUGACGUGAAGAAGCUGGUUCAGAGUGGACGCUCGUCCAGCGUCAGUCCUACACGUUCUACAGCCUCCACCACUCUGCCCGUCCCAAAAAAAGCCAAAGUCGAGGCUAAGAUCAUCAAACACGACACCCAGCCUGGCCAGUACGACACCAGUAUUCUGGAUUCAUUACUUCCAUCCUACACAUGGACCAGCUCCUCACUGCCCUCCAACACCAACAGCACAGCGUUCGGCUACCAGAGCAACACCAACAACAUGACCACGGGGUCGAGUCUUCUACACACCACCUCCCCCUCAUCACUGUCCGUGUACGGCUUCCAGAAUAAUCUGGCCACACCAUCCACUGCAGUUCUCACAUCGAAUGCUGUUAACACACAUUCAGGAUACGGUGUGCAGAAAAACAUUUCUCCUGGACUCGUCAGUACUGGAGUAUCUACAGGCAUGACAGCACGUACUGUUAAUGAUGACGUACCCCGAAAGUUCAUCAUCCUGGAGAAAGAGAACGUUCCUAUAAAGAAGGACACGGAGGUUCUCAUUCUGUCGAAGGACAGCGGGAAGCAGUUCUCCAGCGGCACCUUAAACGGAAAAGCAGGAUCCAUUUCUGACGUUUCUCUGAAGAAGGAGGGAAGCGGCUACACUGAAGCAGCAGCGACCAAAUUAGCUUCAAGUUCCUACUACGGAUCUUCAGCUCCAACUAAAGAUAAAGCCACGUAUGCAGAAAUCCAGUCAGAGAAGGGUGGUGGUGGAGGAGGAGGCGGCGGCUGUCUCGGGUGUGGUCCCAGUUGUUGCUCCUGGUGGAAGUGGCUCCUCGGGCUGCUGCUCGGCCUGCUGCUGCUGCUCGGUUUCCUGUUCGGACUCAUCGCUCUGGCGGAGGAGGUGAGGAAGCUGAAGGAGAAGAUGAAUGUACUUCAGAGCAUGGUCCACGCCGGCGGGGCUCACAGCAGUCGACAGGUUGGUAAUGGGAUGUUUAUGGACAUGGACAAGUUCGAUAACUCACUGAACCUUGGAGCAACAGACACGACCAACCUGCAGAGGACUAUACAGAGCCUCCUGGAUACUGAGAUCAAAUCUGAGGCUUUCAAAGCUAAACUGGCUCACUCAGUAAAAGGAGAAAAAGGAGAUCGAGGAUCCAAAGGUGAUUCUGGAGAACGAGGAGCUAAAGGAGAAAACGGUUUUCCAGGGAUGCCAGGUUCUCCAGGUGUAACUGGACCUGCAGGACAUGAAGGAUCAAAGGGACAGAAAGGAAGUGCAGGGGAGCAGGGGGCAGAGGGGGUACCAGGCCUCAGGGGCCGAGACGGGCCUCCAGGACUACCAGGAAUACCAGGCUCAUCAGCACUGAAGGGUGAAAGAGGCUCUCCAGGAGAACCGGGAGCUCGAGGCUUUCCUGGUGCUGCUGGUGCUCCCGGUCCCAAAGGCUCCUCGGGCACUAACGGUUUGGUAGGUACACCAGGUGAACCAGGUCCUCAAGGCUUCAGAGGAGAAAUGGGCCCCGCAGGGCCUAAAGGAGACAGAGGGAUUCAGGGUCCAUCAGGAACUAAAGGUGAUCAUGGUGAAAAGGGCGACCCGGGUGUUCCAGGUUUCCCAGGGGCUCCAGGUAAAACUGGAGUUUCAGGUGAGAAAGGAUCCAAGGGAUCAACAGGUGCUGAUGGUGCUGAUGGUGAUAAGGGACAGAGAGGUGACCAGGGAGCAAUCGGAAUGCCGGGAGUUCGAGGCCCACCUGGGCCGGCUGGUGAUGCUGGGCCUCCAGGACCUCAAGGACUUCAAGGACCUCCAGGCCUCGCAGGACUUCCUGGACAACCUGGUAUUAAAGGCGACAGCGGUGAACCCGGCCGAGUUAUUAAUGCAGCUGGAUCCACUUCUGUGGUGAUCCCUGGACCACCAGGACCCGCUGGUCCCCCUGGAUCUCCUGGACCUUCCGGACUGCCUGGUCCUAUUGGUCCUGCUGGGAAUCCUGGAUCUCCUGGUCCCAGAGGUAGUAAGGGUGAGCAGGGUGAGCAGGGCAUCACAGUGGAGAGAACAGAGAGACAGUACGCUUCUUCCAGUGAUUCUGCUCUUAUUCAGGGACCACCAGGUCCACCGGGCCCCCCAGGGCCUCCUGGAACUCCAGGAUACGGAACCCCUGGCCCCAGAGGAGAAAAGGGAGAGAGAGGAGAACAAGGAAGUUUUGUGCCCAAUUCAGGAACCUUUUUCGCUGGACCACCUGGACCACCCGGACCUCAGGGUCCUAAAGGAGAAACAGGACCUCAAGGACCUAGAGGAUAUCAAGGGUCAGCAGGUCAGCCUGGACUACCAGGAAGACCAGGAGAUGUCAGAGUGUCUGAGACCAGCAGAGCUCAAGGUUCUCCUGGGCUACAGGGACCUCCAGGGCCACCGGGGCCCACAGGACCAGCAGGGCCACAAGGCAUUAAGGGGGACAGCGGCAUUCCAGGCGCUCCCGGCAUCCCAGGAACAUCCAGAGGUUCAGGUUCAAGUGUUGCUGUUGCUGGGGCCCCUGGGUUGCCAGGUCCUCCAGGGCCUCCCGGACCUCCCGGUUCUUCAGGUGGAUCUGCAGCAGAGUAUCACCGCUACAUCGCUGAGUACAUGCAAAGUGACAGCAUGAGACGGCAUCUAUCAAGUAUCCAGGGGCCUCCAGGUCCCCCGGGGGCCUCGGUGUCUGUUGAGAGCGUAGCAUCUCGGGUCAUCAGUUACAUUCAGAGUUCUGGUAUUACUGGUUCUCCUGGUUCUCCUGGUCCUGCUGGUCCUCCUGGAUCUGUAACCACGAGUGACAUUGUUGCUUUAUUACAGCGAGAGGAUGUUAGACGCUAUGUAAUGGGACCUCAGGGACCCCCCGGCCCUCCAGGAGCCUCCUUUGACACACAGGAAGUGGCGAAAUACGUUUUGAGAAUUAUUGAUGAGAGGGGGCUGACGGGUAGACCUGGACCCCCUGGUCCUCCUGGUGUACCUGGCCAACCAGGAGCCACCUACAGUGACAUCACAGCCCUGAUUCAGAGAUCUGGAUUUGCUGGAGGUGUUUCAGGUCCUCCUGGUCCACCAGGAAGACCAGGUCCAGUAGGUCCUCCAGGUCCUGCAAGUUCAGGUUAUCGACUUGAAGACAUCCAGGUUUACCUGGAGAAUUCGGGAUUACGAGGGGAUCCUGGUCCUCCUGGCCUUCCAGGACCUCAGGGGCCUCCAGGAGACUCAAGGACGCUGGUUUCAUAUGACGGAGUCAAUCAGAAAGAAUACAUCCGUACUGAGCUGCAGAACUUCCUGAACAGUGAGACCAUGAGACACUACUCCUCAGGUCCUCCUGGUCCUCCAGGUCCUCGUGGUGAGAAGGGUGACCAUGGUGAGGUGGACUAUUCCAGCGCUGCCACCAGAGUCACCGACUACAUGCUGAAUCAAGGUCUGCUUCAGCAAAUCAAUGAUGAAUAUUGGAAAACACAUUCCUCGAGAUUCCAAGGGCCUCCUGGGCCCCCUGGUGCCCCCGGAUACAGUCGGGUUUUUGCUACUCAUGGAAACAUCACCACUGAUCUUAUGGAUUUCUUCAGACAACACGGGACGAUUCCGGGUCCUCCCGGUCAACAGGGACAGAAAGGAGAGCGAGGACACACCGGACCCAAAGGUGAAAUGGGAAGGCCAGGAUAUCCCGGUGCUCAGGGUCCAAGAGGUCCAGAAGGUCCUAAAGGAGAAAAGGGUGAGAGAGGUGAGAUUCAGCGCAGUCACCGCAGAAGAAGCACCGAGGUGUAAAGGUUCCAUCAGUACUGUUCCCACGUCAGGCUGGGUCACCACUAUAUACAAUUAAAUACAGUUAAAUACAGUCAUAUAGUUAUAUACAGUUAGAUACAGUUAAAUACAGUCAUAUAGUUAUAUACAGUUAGAUACAGUUAUAUUCAGUUAGAUACAGUUAAAUACAGUUAUAUAGUUAUAUACAGUUAGAUACAGUUAUAUUCAGUUAGAUACACUUAUAGUAAAGGUUUUUACUGAAAUCUCAUGUUUAGUAAUCAGAUGCUUGGUGUUUAAUCCAUUUUCUUGUUUGCAUUUAAGUUUCAUUAUUCUGUUGUUUUAAUAUGGAAGUAGCGUUUAAACUCGUACACUUACCUGCUCAUUUACUGUAUUUGUACCACUUGAAUUUUAUUAGCACUUAAUAUUGUUUAUUUUUUGUUAAUUAAUUUUGCACUGUAAUUAAUCAUUCCAACACACGACAAUAAGAACGACUUUAAACAGCAACGUUUCACUAAACUUACAAGUUCAGGAUUUUUUAGGCAUGAGUUAAAUUUAAAGUUUGUUUGAUGGUUUAAUAAAGAAUUUUAUAUUUUAAAUCA